AUGAAAUUUCAAACGCUUGCCUCCAACUUGCAAUUAAAUGCGCCGGAAGUGACGUGGGAGGUGGAAGGAGGUGAUGAGUUAGUAACGGAUCCUUUGGUGUCGAAAUGGAAGCAACUGAACGCCAACGCCAAGCUUAUUUGGAAGAAAAUAACUAGCGCCAAGCGUAUUGGGAAGGUGGUGUUGAGUGCCAAGCAUAUUUAUAACAGGAAAGCAUGGAAGAGCAGGAAGCUGCACACGGCACAUAGACAGACAGUUGAACGUACACACGCAAACUUCCCGCAACUGACAGAGCAGGCUGGCUGCCGUGUGUGUGGAGAGGAAGGUUUAAAGGCACGCGAUGUCAUCUCGUCAGAAGCGAGUCAAAAAAUUAUGAAGCGUUCAUUUGUUUGGAAAAUAACAUUGAAGUACUAUCCAUAG